AUGUACAUCACCCUCUACUACAUAGUCACCCGGCUCCUUGACUCCCUUCGCUCGGUCAAGGACCACUUCCUCUCUGUUUGCCCCACCACACUCACCGUUGACCUCCUCGAGGAGCGCCUCCUGGCAGCUGAGAAGAGUAUAGUCGCUGUAGGAGCCUCUCGUGGUGACCCUCGUGCCCCCUUCUUUGAGGGGUGCUCCCCCUCCCCCCUUUUGCCCUCUGUUGCCUCUGCUGCUGCCGUCGACUUCGUUGGCGCCGAGUCGGUUGGCGCUGCGUCUGCCCCUAGCGGGAGACGCCACACCGGCAAGGGCAAGGGGGGCAAGGGCGCUGGAGGGGCUGGCGGGGGCGGUGGAGGUGGCGGUGGAGGCGGCGGAGGGAGUGAGGGUGGCGGUGGGAGUGGUGGCGUGGGUGGGGGCUUCGGUGGCGGCGGUGGAGGCGGAGGCGGCGGCGGCGGUGGAGGCGGAGGUGGCGGCGGCGGUGGAGGCGGAGGCGGCGGCGGCGGUGGUGGUGGGAGCGAAGGAGGAGGCGGUGGCGGCGGUGGCGGAGGUGGCGGCGGCGUAGGUGGAGCUGGUCGGGGUGGCUCUGCGCAGCGGGGCGGCUUUGGUGGUGGUCAGCGCCAGUCGGGGGUUGCUAUCUUUGAUCUAGAUUAUGAUGCCAUUCUUGCUGCCAUGUAUGUUGUGUCUACUAGUGAUGAGGGUGACUGUUACCUGUGUGUUCCACCUGACCUGGGCAUUGAGGCUGCUGCUCUAGGUGCUGGUGAGGCUGCUACUCUCGGUGCUAGUGCGUCUGCUGCCCCAGGUGCUGGUGAGUCUGCUCUCUCAGGUACCACGUCGGCGCAGGCCUUCCACACCUUCACCCUUGACUCGGGUGCUUCCCGCUCCUUUCAAGACCGCACCACGCUUACGCCGCUUAGUCAGCCAGUUGCGGUCUCCCUGGCGGACCCCUCUGGGGGUCCUAUCCUUGCCCGCUUCUCCACUGUCUUACCGUGUCCGGCGGCCCCCUCUGGCACCCUGUCAGGUCUCUACCUCCCCUCGUUCUCUACGAACUUGGUGAGUGGUGCUGAUCUACAGGAUGGGGGGGUUGACCAGUUCACUCCUGCGAGUCAGCGAGUGACCCACUGUAUGUGUGCUCGGACGGGCCGACACUUGGCCACGUUUACCCGUCAGCCGGGGUCAAGCCUGUACACACUGACUACUGAGUCUCCUCCGGUUGCUGAGUCUGAUUAG